GCUCGGGAGGAGAAAGGGGGUCCCUGUGUAGCUCAGUGCUUGGCUGUGGUUUUUGUUUUCCUUCCUCUUUGGCAUCGUUCCUGGCUCGGUGCGCUAUGCUGCCUGUUCUCUGCUUCCCUCAGGUUUAUGUUUGCUUUCAGGUUGGGUGUUAAGAGAAGUGUAUUCUCAGGAGUGGUGAGGCGCUGGCACAGGCUGCGUGGUGGUCACUGCUACAGGUGUUCCGGAGCUGGGGAGAUGUGGCACUGAGGGACAUGGUCAGUGGGCACGGUGGGCUGCGCUGGGCUUGGGGAUCUGAGAAGUGUUUUCCAUCUUCAGUGAUUCCAUGAUCUGUGCUGGCAUUGGAGUAAUCCGUUUGAGAGGCAGAGGUCUGGUUUUGCACUCAUCACACAUAUGUGCUACUGCCUGUCAAGGAGCCCUGACUUGGUUCUGCGCUCGGGCCAAGUGCUUUUCUGCUGUGCUUAAGGAGGUCCUGCACCCCUGCAGCAGUCCCUCCCUGGGCGCUCUGGUGACCCUCUUUGGGAGAGGUCAGAGUACACAUUGCAGCGUAUCUGGUGUUGUCAUCAAAGUGCCACAGCUGUCAUUGCACACAGCUGGUUCUGCUGACGGAGCAGUUGGUGAUGAGCCUUCCUUCUUCCUCACAUGACUGUCUUCCAGGUAAGACCUGAACCUCCCCCAGACCCCUAAGGGUGGUCAGAAGCACCAUUCCUGGCAACGCUGUGUUUUUUUCCAAAAUGUGGAAGUGGGGCAGUAGCAUUCAAAGUGUGUGGUUGUAGUCCCGGAAGUAUGAGUGUGCCUACAGGUUGCUUCAACACCAUCGCUGUCUGAAUUUCCUUCCUCACUGGUUUAUUUUGACUGAAAUACUUCAGGUGGCCCACUCAGCGUUAGCAGAACUGGUGUCCUGAAGGUGAUGGCUCUUUUUUAGACCUCAUAAACGCAUUCAGGUUCCAGGUGGCCAAGUACUGCCUGUUGUUUACCUGUGUUAACUGAUCUCCCGCUGGAUAGACUCCACCGAGCAGUCUGCGUGUAAUUUUCUUUUUGUUAUGUAGGAUUUUUCUGCUUUUCAAGUGUAUACUUACAAAGAACAUCUGGCGUGAUGUAAUUCUGCCUCUGAGACACCUGGUAACUUUUGUGGAGAGGCACUAUGGGAUGAGACACUACCCUUAUGGUGCACUGAGGAGGUCUGUAAAACAAGUAGCAACUCCUGCAGCAGGAGUUUAUGUAUAUCUGGGAGUGUCUUCCCUGGAGUGUACUGAGAGCUAAAAUGAGAAGGUUCCCCUAGUUGGAUGGGGGCAAACAGCCCUGGGCUGAGUAUACACAGUGCAGUGGUGUUGGACGGUGACUGUUUUCUCACUGCGUUGUCUCACAGGAGACACUGGAAUCUCUUUCUCACACAGGAUUUUUUUUCUCAAGUUCCUUAUCCACCCAGAAGCAGCUGUGGCUAGCUGAUGUGGCCCGCCCAGGUUCUUUCCUGGGUCAGGAACUGUAUGGGAGGUAUUAUGAAUCUUUGAUGUCUCCUUUUGAAAUGCCCUCCCCAGAAGGCUUGACCUCCUGUUUCAUAAGUGGCUUUUGCACCAGUGCUCACUGGCUUUAAGUCCAGCCAAGCUCUUGUCCUUUACUUGCUGCUCUGUUACCUGAUGUGGCUGUGUCCUGCUGAGGAGGUGAAGGAAAGGCCAUUCCUGAAACCUUGGAGUAGCUUCUCCUGUUCCCUUGCAGCAUGGCUCGAAGCGAGCUAACCGAGAUGCUGCUGGCGCUGCUGCUUGUGGGAGUGGCAUUCUAACUUCUUUUCAAACAUGGCCAUAGAAACUAAAUUAAACUUUACUCCAUAAGGCAAGAACGACUUUGUUGCUAGCAUUUUGAAGUUAUAUAGACAGUGUUUUGUAGGUCUUCUCUUGGAGUGUGAGCGGGUAAAAUAUAUUACAGGUUAGGUCUAGUGAGAAUUGAGGAUGUGGGGGAAGAGUAAGUACCUCACCUGCCCUGCUGCUGCCCAUGUCUGAUUUGCCAAGAAAAGAUGGAAAAAUAAACCCCAAAUCCAAACAUAUCCUGCUUAAAACUGAUGAGCGGCUGUUGUGAGAGUUUUCUGCUUUUCUCCCUGAGUGAGCGCAGAUAUCCCUGUGCUCUGCAUAGCUCUUAAGGGAAUGCAGGGAGGGAUGACACAAAGCAGAGCUCUGGCACGUGGCAUGCUGUAAAGGUCAGAAGGAACGGCACUGCUUAGUUUUGCAGGGACAAAAAAAGAGGUGUUCCAGUUUACAGAUGCAUAUUUCAAACUCUUGGUUGUCUGCUGACUUAUUUCAUCACUACCUUGAUGACUGGAAAUCCUCACAGGGUUAAUUACUGUGGGAGGGGAAAAAGGAAUCAGUAAAAUCAGGCUGGAGGUGGUGCUGGGCUGUAAUGCGAGGGCCUUCCUGAAGAGACACAGGUGGGGAGGACUGUGCUGUAAAAUGUAGGAGCUGCUGCCGUGACUUGUGGAGCCUGGAGGAGCCUGUCUGGAGUGAUGCAGUGUGGCAGGAAUGUGUGUGAACCAGCUGGCUGACACACUGGUGCCCUUGAUGAUGGAAAGAAUACGAAUGGAUCCAAACAGCGCUACGGUCGGAAAAGAGAAACUUCAUAUUCCAAAAAUGAGAACUUUUCCAGCCAGUCCCGUCGCUCCAAUUCACAGAAAAGCAAAGCUUUUAACAAGAUGCCCCCUCAGAGGGGCGGGAGCGGUGGAAGUGGCAAACUUUUUAGCUCUAGUAAUGGUGGAAGACGAGAUGAGGUAGCAGAGGCUCAACGGGCAGAGUUCAGUCCUGCCCAGUUCUCUGGUCCCAAGAAGAUUAAUCUGAACCACUUGCUGAACUUCACUUUUGAACCCCGUGGCCAGACUGGUCAUUUUGACGGGAAUGGACAUGGCAACUGGGGGAAAAGGAACAAGUGGGGACAUAAACCUUUCAACAAGGAGCUCUUCCUACAGGCCAACUGCCAGUUUGUUGUCUCUGAAGAACAGGACUACACAGUCCACUUUGCUGAUCCAGAUACCUUGGUCAACUGGGACUUUGUGGAGCAAGUGCGAAUUUGUAGCCAUGAAGUGCCCUCUUGCCCAAUCUGUCUGUACCCACCCACAGCAGCAAAGAUCACCCGCUGCGGACACAUCUUUUGUUGGGCGUGCAUCCUUCAUUAUCUCUCCUUGAGUGAAAAGACCUGGAGUAAAUGUCCUAUUUGUUACGGCUCGGUUCACAAGAAGGAUCUCAAGAGUGUUGUAGCUAUGGCAACACGUCAGUACGCAAUCGGUGAUGUCAUUACAAUGCAACUGAUGAGAAGAGAGAAAGGUGUUCUGAUAGCACUGCCCAAAUCUCAGUGGAUGAAUGUGGUGCAGCCUGUUUACGUUGGAGAUGACCAUCACAGCCAGUAUUCAAAGCUGCUCCUGGCAUCCAGGGAGCAGGUCUUGCAGCUGGUGAUUCUGGAGGAGAAAGCAGCAUUACUAAAGCAGUAUGAGGAGGAAAAACAUACUCCCGAGGCGUGCUUCAUUGAGUCAGCCAUCCAGGAACUGAAGGAGCGAGAAGCAGCGCUCUCUGCUGACCGGGAUAAAAACAGUGGUGUUGCUGGAAUUAGUGCAGCUGUGGAAGAACUGGUCCUAGACAGCUCUAAGUCAAAGGGGCCUGCAGUUUCCCAAGAGAAAAAGUGCGGUGUGGAGUAUCUCUCUGCGUUUGACGAGGAGCUUGUGGAGCCUUGCUCUGAUGUAGCAAGUUCCUUUUUGUCUCCUGUUGAGUCAGAAGAGGCAGUGUUGGAUGAAGAGGAAAUACAUGAGGUGGAUAACAUAGGGGAACCUGAAGUGAACACUACAGGAGAAUCAAAUCCAGCUGAAACUAGCUACCAGGAAUCUAAAGAAACAGUUAGCGGCGGACAUCUUAACAGCUCACCUUUUUACUAUUUCUAUCAAGCGGAGGAUGGACAAUGUAUGUAUCUUCACCCCGUGAACGUUCGAUGCCUUGUUCGUGAAUAUGGCAGCUUGGAGAAGAGUCCAGAGAAGAUAACUGCAGCUGUGGUGGAGAUAGCUGGAUACUCGAUGACAGAGGAUAUAAGACAGCGUCAUCGUUACCUCUGUCACUUGCCCCUCACUUGUGAGUUCAGCAUUUGUGAACUGGCACUGAAGCCACCCAUCAUCUCUAAGGAGACCUUAGAGUUGUUCUCAGAUGACAUUGAGAAGAGGAAACGCCUGCGGCAGAAGAAAGCUCGUGAUGAACGACGUCGUGAACGCAGAAUUGAGAUAGAAGAAAACAAGAAACAGGGCAAAUAUCCAGAAGUCCAUAUUGCUUUAGAGAACCUGCAGCAGUUCCCUGCCUUUUCCUCUUGCCAUGGAGAAACUACCAGCAUUGAUCAUCAGAGCUUCUGUCUGUCUCCUCUUGGCAGAAGCCCUGUGUUUCAGACAGAUUCUAUUCCAACUCUGUUUUCACCUGCUGCCAGCCAGGCCAGCCCAUCACUCUGUGGGAGUUUAGAAGAAGAGUCUCCAUUCCCAUCCUUUGCCCAGAUGUUGAGAGUUGGAAAAGCAAAACCUGAAGCAUGGCCCAAACCUGCUCCAAAGACAAAGGAUGAGAACGCUCUGGCACUCCCUGUGCCAGUGGAGAGUGAUGGAGAAAGUGACAGCUCUGACCGCAUACCUGUGCCCAGCUUCCAGAAUUCCUUCAGCCAAGCUAUUGAGGCGGCCCUCCUGAAACUGGACAAACCGUCCACGGCCGAUCAUUUAUCAGAGGAAAAAGGAGGGAAGAAAAGAAAGAAACAGAAGCAGAAGCUACUGUUCAGCACCUCUGUUGUUCACACAAAGUGAUUCUGCUAUUCAAGAGAAGUUUCCUCUCCUGGUUUUCUUUUCAUUUUGCUUUGUUUUGCUGCUAUAGUUUUAAGUAUUUAAAUUUGAACAGACUAAACUUGUUUUUCCAGGGCUUCUAGGGGGUUCAGGAGGAAACCACGACAGUAGAUGUUGAAGAUUUUUUUUAUUCCAACUUACCAAAUUGGUUUAUACUGAAACAAAGUUUUGAAAGAAAUGACCUAGACACCAUUCAGCCAAGGCUUCUAGUCUGUACCAUUGUCAGUUCUUUUGGCCUAAUAAGCAGUAUGAAAGUGCUUACAUCUGUACGGUACUGCCAGAGUGCUGUAGUAUUGCCUAAGUGAAGAGGCAGAGAGCCUUUACUUCCCCAGGUAUGCACAGACAGAAGUCUGUCUGACUGUGAGUGCUGUUUCAGUAAAGCUGUUGAAGUGCUUUCUUUGGAGACUGGUUUCCUCUGCACUGGGGCAAAAGAGCUUUCUGGCUUUAAAGUGUUAGCUGCCAUCUCUUCUUUUUCUAAAGAGCAAGAAUUCCUUCUGUUCUCCUGGCUUUGAAAGGCUUAAAGCUGAGGUGAGUGUAAAGCAGAACUUGGCUACUUGGUUUUUGAAGUGUUGCUGAAAUUGUGUAUUUCAAAAUGCAUACUGGCACUAGUGAUAGAAGGAACUCCUGGCUUAUCUCAGUUGUUUAACUCUGUUUUAAUGUGGGUUGAAUGAGGUUGCUAAUUUUUGUUUUUUUUUCCUUUUGCCAACCAUGGCUGACAAAUUCUUUGUAACCUGAUGAUCAUCCAGAGUAAACACUCCACCCUAGGGCUCUCGGUAACUUGGUGAAGGAGGUUUUGACACUGGCUGCUUUUGAAUUGGAGGAACAACUGAUAGCUGGAGCGUAUAGACACUUUUAUCCCCCAGCAAGAAACAUGGAUCUCUUGCACUGGGAUAAGGGCCUGCAUCUGCUUGGUUCUGGGAUGUGAGCUGAACUGCAGUAAGCUCCUCAGGCUAUAAACAUGCCUCUUCUGGACCCCUCCUCCCUCUUUCUUUGGGUGGUUGCAUUCUGCACUGCUUGUGGUUUGAUUUGGAGCUAAUGAGUUAAGUGGUGUGGAUUUUGUUAAAUAAAAUGAACUGUAGGUGUAAUGUACCAGUCAAGGCCACCAGUUGCAAUAAAUCAUAUGCGCACACUUACAAUACUGCAGACUUUUUGAGCUAUAACGUUUAUAUCACCACAGAGUGUUGCACCACUUUUGGUAACACAUUCAAAUCUUAGCAUCCUCCUCAUCCUACAGCUUUCCUUUCAGGAAGCUGGUAUGAAGUACCACGUAGCUUACAGGGCAAGAGUGACGGGUAUCUUCUGUGACAUUCAGCCCCUCCUAUUCCAAGAAGUGCAUUCAUGUAAGUUUUGAAAAGCUUAUGUGCUUCCUUUAAGAAGCAGUCCGUGCCCGCUCUCUCUUCUGCACUGUGAGCAGUGUGAGCAGGGAACCCACCUAUUCCACACUUCUGUAGUUUGGUAUUCUCACACCACUGCUAUGUUCACUGGUUGUAUCCCUGUCUUAAAAAGUCUGUCAGUAUAUUGGUGCUUCCUUUUCAAAACAAGAGGCUCCUUCUCCAGGUGCUCCCUCAAGGCACCUGCGUGUAUGUGGGAAGCCAGUACCAAAGAGCACAAAACACUGUAUGCAGCAGUGAGCCAGAAAGAGGGGGGACACUGGGGAGGCCGAGAAUGUUCCUAUUACUACAGGAGAACAGAGGAAACACUUGCACAACAUUCUUUGAAAACAGCUUAAUUUCACACUUGGUCACAAUUAAUUACGCUUGAGGGAAAGACAGCGCAGCUUGCCACAGGAAUGCACAGAAACAAAGUGCCUAGGAGUGGUACACAGCUUGCUGUUAAUGCUUCAAAUGCACAUGGGAAAAUUGUUGGUGAGGGCACAGAAAGCCAUUAAAUAAAAAAAGAUUCAAGUAUGCAGUUAACUGUGUUCACAAUACUAUUAUUGUGUCCUACUUCUAACAGUCAUUUUAAGCCAGGGGACAGGAGUAACUACUUGAGUGUCUAACCAUUAUAUGUUGUUUAUUAUCCCCUACACUGUUAUAGUCAAGUUUUCUUUGCGUUGACAAGAGAGAGGAGUUGGAGCUGGUACAACUCCCCUCCCUGUCUCACAGGCACUAGAACGAGUAAGGGAAGAAGCACAGAGCUGUUCUCUCUGCAGGGGCACUCUCCAUAGGACAGAUCUUCACGUUGUGUCUUGUUUUCCUAUGGAUUCAAGAGAUGUGAGCAGCAAUGCUACUUUCCUGUAACUGAUUGGUGUAACCUUAAUAAAUAUCUAAGCAGUAA